CCUGCAUGGGUGUAUGAAAAAAUUCGAAACAGAGUUUCAGGUGUACGCCCGUACAAAUGUGAACAAUGUGACAAAUCGUUCACUCAACGUUGUUCACUAGAAUCCCAUCUACGGAAAGUUCAUGGAGUUCUACACAACUAUGGUUAUAAAGAGCGAAGGAAUAAGGUUUUUGUAUGUGAAGAGUGUGGUUUUACGUCUGAACUAUUUGAUGUCUACGUAUCUCAUUUGAAAAUGUUACAUCCCUUCUCAGCGGCUCUUCUACGCCUUUCAGCCCCUCCCAAAAAAUUGCCUGUGAGU